GGGGAGGGAGACCUGGGCAGCCCGCAGACCCGAUGACUCUCUCUGAUUUUUCCUCUCGGAGCCUGGAGCAGCCGGCCAGACGCUCUCCUCCGCGUCCGCCCAGCCGCAUUUCUGUCGGCGGCUGGCCGUCGGGUCCCCGCGCCCGGUCCUCUGUCUCCCCGUCGGUUCAGCAUCUGGACCCGGACCAGGUGGAAGUCAGGAGGGUAGCUUUCCAGAAAAGGGCGCCGUCGCAGAUUCGUUAAUAUAAAUACUUACUGAACAUACACGAAAUAAAAAACAUAAUUCCAGAUUUAAAGUAAUUUUGAAGCGGGUUUGGCUGGUGUUUUAGCCGCUGUCUCUGGUUUCAUCCUCCGCCUUUGUCCUCAUGUUUUCCCCCGGAGUUCCUCCCCCUGCGGCGCUGGGCGGAGUUUCAUACCGGACUAGACGCUCCUUUUGUCGGAUCCGUUUCGACCUGACUCCCCGGGGUUUACGGCUGAAAAAAACACACUUUGAAAGUCCCAAAAUAAUCCAAACGACCACAGUGGUGUGCAGUAUUAACCCCGGCUUCUUCCCGAACCUGAAGUGGAGGGAGGGGGCGGAGUCUCCUCCGUCAGUCACUGCAGGAUGAACGGCAGCAGUAGCGUCUCCAGAGCUCAGAGCACCAGGAUCAGAAGUGAGCCAGAUGACUGGAGUAAAGAGGACUGUCUGACUCUGUUGGAGAGGAUUCGCAGUCUGCUGCCGGAUGGAGACGCCAUGAAGUAUAAAACAACAGAGUCGCACUUUGACUGGGAGAAAGUUUGUUUCGGCAGCUUCACUGGAGACAUGUGUCGCCAGAAGUGGCAGAAAGUCUCAACUGAGGUUCGUAAGUACAGAACGAUGACGGAGCUCAUCAUAGACGCCAUGGAGUUUGUGAAGAAUCCGUACAAAGGCAAGAAACUGAAGACUCAUCCAGAUUUCCCAAAGAAACCUUUGACUCCGUACUUCCGCUUCUUCAUGGAGAAACGAGCCAAAUACGCUAAAAUCCACCCAGAGAUGAGCAACCUGGACCUGACCAAGAUCCUGUCCAAGAAGUACAAGGAGUUACCAGACAAGAAGAAGCAAAAGUACAUCACAGAGUUUCAGCGAGAGAAGGAAGAGUUUGAGAAGAACAUGGCUCGAUUCAAGGAGGAUCAUCCAGAGCUGAUAGAAGAGAGGAAGAAGUCCGACCUGCCGGAGAAACCGAAAACUCCUCAACAGCUGUGGUACAACCAUGAGAAGAAGGCCUACAUGAAGCUCCACCCAGAGGUGAGUCAGAAGGAGCUGAAGGAGGCUCUGAGGAGACAGUGGUCCCAACUGCCUGACAAGAGGAGACUCAAGUGGAUCAGCAAGGCCCUGGAGCUCCAGAAAGACUACGAGGGCAGUAUGAGGGCAUAUCAUGAAGCUCAUCCAGAUGUGAACUCUGAUGAUCACGUUCGGUCCGUCCUCACCAAAGCAGAGAGACAACUGAAGGACAAGUUUGAUGGACGGCCGACAAAACCACCACCUAACGGGUACUCUCUGUACUGUGCGGAGCUGAUGGUGAACAUGAAGGACGUCCCCAGCACAGAACGGAUGGUCCUCUGCAGUAAACAGUGGAAAAUGAUGACACAGAAAGAGAAGGACAUGUUUCAGAAACGCUGCGAGCAGAGAAAGAAGCAGUACGACAUCGACCUACAGAGGUUUCUAGAGAGUCUUCCGGAGGAGGAACGAGACCGCGUCAUGACAGAGGAAAAACUGGGCGGGGCCAAACUGACAGGGAGCGUUGCCUCCAGCCCGCACAGAGCCAGGUCUCCUUCUGUCAAGGAGCAGUGUCGGGAGGCGGAGCCAGAGCCAUGGGUACCUGCCGGACUGCCAAAAGAGAGACGGGAUGGAAAGAAGACGGCAAAGCUUCCAGAGCGGCCUAAAACAGCUGAGGAGAUGUGGCAGCACAGUGUGAUUGGAGACUACCUGGCUAAAUACAGAAGUGACCGCAGGAAGGCGCAGGCCGGCAUGGAGGCGACCUGGAAGUCUAUGGAGAAGAAGGAGAAGAUUCUUUGGAUUAAGAAGGCAGCAGAGGGCCAGAAGCGAUAUGAGAGGGAGCUGUCGGAGAUGAGGACUCCACAAGCAGGUCAGAGUCAGAGGAAACCCAAGUUUGACGGAGAACCAAAGAAGCCCCCAGUGAGCGGGUAUCAGAUGUUCUCCCAGGAACUGCUGACCAAUGGUGAGCUGAACCACUUCAGUCUGAAGGAGCGAAUGGUGGAGAUCGGGAAGAGGUGGCACAAACUGAGCCAGAGUCAGAAAGACAAGUACAAGAAGCUGGUGGAGGAGCAGCAGGUGGAGUACAAGGCCGAGCUGGAGGCCUGGGUGAAGUCUUUGUCCCCUCAGGAUCGAGCCGUCUACAAGGAGUUUUCCACCUCGAAACGUCGCAGCACCACUAAAGUUCGCAGCAGCCCCGGAGCUAAAGUCCGCGUGACGGCAAAGGGGAAGGCGGCAGGUUCGAGAGCCGCAACACAGACGGUCGGGGUGGCUAAGAGGGCCAUGGCAUACCGAGCCAAGGACAUGUCCGAUUCAGACGAAGAGGAGGAGGAGGAGAAGAGCGACUCGUCUGACUCUGAAGAUGACGAGACAUCAGGAUCCACAGACAGUGACGAUGAUGACGAUGAGAACGACGACGACGAUGAGGAUGAUGAGGACGAUGAAGAUCAGAGCUCCUCUGAAGAAUCCAGUGACUCGGACUCGGACUAGCUCCGCCCCCUCCACCUCAUUGGAGAGAACAGGCUGUGCGGGCCACGCCUCCUCACAUGCGAAUCAUCCCGGCGGACCAAUGCAAACGUCGAUAUGGUGACGUCAUACUGCGGUCGCGCUGGUCCCGCCCCUUUGGCAGGGGGCGGAGCCUGACAGAGUGUUUCGUUACUUGUGUUUUUGUUUGUUUUUUAUCAAGUGUUUGUUGGUUUUUAUCUGAUGGACGUUUUAGACGAGCAGAGGUUUGUUUUAUUUUUUGGAGCUAUGGCAGAGGCGGGGUUUGUACAGAGUUUAACAGGCAGGAGGGGGCGGAGUAGUAGUUACUGCUGAGGGAGGAGCCAGUGUUCAGCCUCCAAUCAGCCGCCUGCCUGAGAAAAUUAUUAACAAAUAAAUGCACUUU